UCAAUUUACGCAAUUUAAAAAGCAGGGAAGGACGGUGUGCCUGCCUGCAGCCUGCCAGAGUCUCCUCCUCCUCUGUAUCUCAAGAGCCAUUUUAAUUUUUACAUAGAAUCUCAAACCACCUUUCCUCAUCUUCCUAGGGUUUUGCAUAUAUAUAUAUCUCUCGUUCAUCGAUCUAUUUGGAUUGGAUACUCAUCAUUGAGCGGAGGAGGUCAUACUGUUUUUGCAAGCAAUAGUAAAAAUGGGAUUCUCUUCUCUCCUCAGAUCUGUGCCUGCUUCCCCUGUUCUACACGCUUCUUCAUCUUCCCAUCGCCAUCAGGCAUCAUUGGCUGGCUUCAAUCAAGGCUGCACCUCCGUCAAGUUUGAAUCAAGCAUCUUUGGUUCCGCUCUUCCAAAUGUUCAUUCAUCUUCCGUACAAGGAUCUGGUUCCAGCAGUAUUCAACCUGUUAAAGCUACAGCCACCGAACUACCUCCAACAAUUCCAAAAUCACAAACUACUGGGAAGACAAGGGUUGGGAUCAAUGGGUUUGGAAGGAUUGGAAGGUUAGUUUUACGAAUUGCAACGUCAAGGGAUGACAUUGAUGUGGUUGCAGUUAAUGACCCUUUUAUUGAUGCUAAUUACAUGGCAUACAUGUUCAAGUAUGACUCCACUCAUGGUGUCUUCAAAGGAACCAUUAGGGUCUUGGAUGAGUCUACUCUGGAAAUAAAUGGGAAGCCUAUCAAAAUUAGCAACAAGAGGGACCCAUCAGAUAUUCCUUGGGGUGAUCUUGGAGCUGAUUUUGUUGUUGAGUCUUCUGGUAUCUUCACCACAGUUGAGAAGGCAUCUGUGCACAAAAAGGGUGGUGCAAAGAAGGUUGUCAUCUCAGCUCCAUCUGCUGAUGCACCUAUGUUUGUGGUGGGUGUUAAUGAGAACACAUACAAAACAACCAUGGAUGUCGUUUCCAAUGCCAGUUGUACCACCAAUUGCCUUGCUCCUUUGGCCAAGGUGGUUCACGAGGAGUUUGGCAUUGUAGAGGGUUUAAUGACAACUGUGCACGCUACCACAGCCACACAAAAGACAGUUGAUGGCCCUUCCAUGAAGGAUUGGCGGGGAGGCCGUGGAGCUGGGCAAAACAUAAUCCCCAGCUCAACUGGGGCUGCAAAGGCUGUUGGAAAAGUUCUUCCAGCACUUAAUGGUAAGCUCACUGGAAUGGCCUUCCGUGUUCCCACACCUAAUGUCUCUGUUGUAGACCUAACUUGUCGGCUGGAGAAGAGUGCUUCUUAUGAGGAUGUCAAAGCAGUCAUAAAGUAUGCAUCGGAAGGUCCACUGAAGGGCAUUCUUGGAUACACAGAUGAAGAUGUUGUAUCAAAUGAUUUUGUUGGUGAUUCCAGGUCAAGCAUUUUUGAUGCCAAGGCUGGUAUAGGUUUGAACGACUCUCUCAUGAAGCUUGUGUCCUGGUAUGAUAACGAGUGGGGUUACAGCAAUCGGGUGUUGGAUUUGAUAGAGCACAUGGCAUUGGUUGCUGCUGCUACCACCAACUGAAUACCAGAGAUGGCCAAGGUUGCAAGCAACAUUAGCUAGCUAGGCUAUAGAGGAGAAUUGAAUUGUGUAGGGAGUGGUUAGAUUUGUUGUGGGAGUCCCCUUUUUGUUUCUGAAUGGACUACAUCCAUAAAAAUAACGAAUAAUUGGGCUUGUAUUACAGAAAGACUUAUUUAUUUUUUCGUUCAAUAUUUCGUAACAUUACGCUUUUUGAGGUUGCCUAAA